AACACAACCAGCUCAGUCAUAACUGUAGAAUGAUAAGGACUACCUCUUUUACUUUUGGAGAGCGGCGAGCCGUUCGGAGAGUAUUCGGCUUCAGCUGUUCUACGCUAGUCGCUCAUUGCUGGAUGUCGGGCUGAUUCUGAGUCACAUGACAGAACCGGAGGCUGAGAUCUAGAGAAAAGCACAUCAUUUCGGGCUUGCACCGCCAUACUGUAUUUUGUGCCAUAUCACAUUUUUAUUGCAACAUUUUACUCCCGCUCGGUGAGUACAUUUCCAAUGGCUUUUUCUAAGCAUUUUUUGUCUUUUUAAUUACUCUUUUUAUUUUUCCUCCUUUUGCUGGUGUUUAAGAUGAUAUUUGAAGUGGUGGUUUUUAGCGUUUUUCCAUCCAGGCUUCAAGUUUUUAGCAUGCAGUGAUUCUGAAUCUUGUGUACCGAGAUGGGUAACGGUUUGCAUCGGGCACUGGAGAUUCGUGCUUGCAGUCUUGUGAAAUCAUGAAACUGGUUUUUCAACCAAGCGGGUUGUCAGUCUAAUAUUUUUCUAAUGUGGUUUUACUGGUGGUUUUCAAACAUUUUUAUUUUUUGUUUCUGUCGACUUUUGCUGUUGCUAUGCUUUGCUUUGUAUUUUGCAGUGUUGUUUAUACGAGUUUUGUGAUUUUGGUGUCUCGGUGCUCACUGACCAAGCCUUUGCUUUUAUUUUGGUCCUCUUUUCUUUAAAGGAGUCAUUUUUAAACCUGAUGACGUUUUAACUUGAAACUUUUCUUGCAGCUCACUGAUCACAGGUUUGUUUCUUUUUGUGUUUCUUUCAUUUUUUCGAUUUAUUAUACUUUUGCAGAUAUCAGUGUCAAGUAUUUUUGGAAGUAUCAUUUUUCAUAGAUGGUGCUGAGUGGACGAGGAGUGUUUUGAUUCUUGGGUCAAUGCGUUUUUGUUUUCUGUUUCAACGAGGAUGAACAGACAUUCUCCCUUUGCAGGAGGGCAACCGGAGGAGGAUGACCGGUAAGAUUCAGACCAGCAACGUGACCAACAAGAAUGACCCGCGCUCCCUCAACUCCAGAGUCUUCAUCGGCAACCUCAACACCGCCAUCGUCAAGAAGACCGACAUCGAGGUCAUCUUCGCCAAGUAUGGCAGGAUCGUAGGCUGCUCUGUUCACAAGGGCUUCGCCUUCGUCCAGUACAUCAGCGAGAGGAAUGCUCGCGCCGCCGUGGCCGGAGAAAACGCACGUAUCAUCGCUGGACAGUCGCUCGACAUAAACAUGGCAGGGGAGCCCAAACCGUACCGGCCCAAGCCAGGCUCCAAACGGCCGCUGUCGGCUGUUUACAGUGGUUAUGAAUUUGACUAUGACUACUACAGGGAUGAUUUCUACAGUCGGCUGUUUGACUACCACGGCCGGGUGGCCCCACCCCCCAGGGCGGUGAUCCCCUUGAAGCGCUCCCGGGUCCUGGCUCCAUCCACACGACGUGGGAAGACAUCCUUCCCCAUCAAGACCACCUCCUCUUCCUCCUCUUCCUCCAGACCACCCACCUCCUCCUCCUCCUCUACCUCUUCCGGACUCAAGUCAGUGAAGACGGACCAGCUCCAGACCAUUAAACGAGAGCUAACUCAGAUCAAGAUAAAGAUCGACUCCCUGCUGGGUCGCCUGGAGAAGAUCGAGAAACAGCAGAGAGCCGAGUCCGAGGCUCAAAGAAAGUACGAGGACAACUGUGACUCUCUCCAUGAGGAGUCUGUGUCGGAGACAGCUGAGAACUCCGGGGAGGAGGCUGGCAACAGGGCACUGGAUGUCGAGGCCGGAGAGAUGACCGACGGGGGCGAGGAUGACUACGACGAAGAGGGCAGCCAUCAUCUGAUAGAGAACCAUGUUUCUGACAUUGACAACUGAGAACAGGAUGAGGGAGCGGACAUCUCUCCGUCUUCUCUACAGCAUCAAGAGACAUCCUCAUCACCUCCUAGAGAAAGCAAAGGAUCUCUGGGGAAGGAACCAUUGUGUGGUGUAAAAACAAGAUGGCAGUCUCCUUCUUUUCCAUCUCUCUCUCUCUGUGUAGCGGAGACGUUGAACAACAUUCAGAUGCCCCUCUGUGCAGCAGUAACUAUAUGAAUAUGGCCUGCUGCUGUCAGAAAAAAUAUAUUAUUUUACUGCAUCUGCCCUAAUUCACUCCUAGAUAUUCAAUUUGCAAUUGUUUUCAAGAGACUGAUUCAAUCAUAUUGAUGCUAGAGAGAGAAGAAAAUACUCAUUAAAAUUGUAGGGGAGUGGGAUAUUUGUUGAUGAUAACUGUCAUUCCCUUGAGUUAUGUUCAUAUCUGUUUGUGUAUGGCUUUUAUUUUCAGUGCUGAACACAGUCAAAGAGGAUCAGCGUUUACAUUUUCGUCCUGUCGAUUUGAUCUGUUUUUUUCCCCCCAUUUGGCCCGAAAGUAAUAAAUUAUGAUAGAUCAUGCACUAUUGAGAUCACAAAUGUUUAGCUUUUUUAAGGAUUUGGAAAGGUACAGAGGAGCAUCAGUCUUACCCAUGCAUAAGCGAUCGCUUUAGCGUAACUUUUGCAGAUUUUUCCAGAUUAUCCAUUUAUCACAUGCAUGCCCUGGGGGGAUGAUCCAUUCUUUAUCCUGAACUCCUACCAAAUUUCAAAGGGGAGAACGGGCUUCCUGUGAUAGCCAGCCAACAUCUGCUUUGGCUUCCUACCAGGGAACAGUGUCUCGCUGUAGUCGGCCCCGCACAGUUUGUACUACCCAGCAUGUAUCCCUCUGUAGGAAGCUGUGCCCUCUCUCUCCACACGGAUCUGACCUGUACUCGGGAAAGGAGACAAGGAGAGAAACGUGUGUUCUUUUGCCUUAUUUGAGCUCACUGCACCACCACCGCAGCACCACAUGCGCAGAGGCUUCAAAACCUAUCCGAGCAAAAAUGAAAAGAGGGAGAAUUAUAGUGCUGUACUGUCACUUAUCUCAUCCAAUUUAGAAAAUCAGCCAAAUUGAAUAAUUAACAGAAUUGGUCCCAAUGAACUAAUUAGACUAUUUUUAACUCAUUAUUGGGAUUGGAUGUUGAAAUAUUUUUUUCUGUUACUGAAAUUAGUAUUUUUAUGUUGUUGAUUUUGCUGAUUUUUCAUUGUUAUUGAGUCACCUGAUAGGUGAAACAGAUUCAAGGUUUCAGAUAACCUAAAUAGAAAGAGAAGAGGAUUAUAUUGAUACACAUUCUUGUACACUUUGUAGGUUGAGAUUUCUCUGCUGAAAGAGGUGUUUGUAUUUGGAGUAGAAUUAAAAAGGUUCAGAAACUGCCUCUGCACAAUAGUUGAUUUUCGUACAAUCCACACAAAUUUGACUUCUGCUUAUUAAUAUUAUCACUACUUUUGUAUUGUGGAAUGUCUUUAAGAAAAUGGUCAUACCACUACCUGUUUUGAUUUCACAAUGAUAUAUCCCAUUCAUUACUCUCAAAAACAUAGUUUGAAAUUCAAUCAGGCCGUCACUGCAGUACAUCCACACUGCAGAAACACAUUGUCACUAUACCACUCAAAGCAUAUUUUAAGUAGAUAAAGUAAUACAUUAGAUAAUUAUGUAGGCCUACUAGGUGGAUCAAGAGAAAUGCUCAUUUUGAUUCUAUUGAAAGGGUUUUUAGCCUCGAUGGUUCAGCAGUGUGGAUUUAUUGAAAUGUAGGCUUUGAUUGAAUCCUUAGCAGACACCAUUGAGUGGAGAAAAAGAGUCUCGAUAGACCAAUUAUUUGGGUUUGUUUGUUUAUUGACGGGUAAUGCAAUUAGUUAUAUGUCAUGUUUUGCAUACAAGGUCAUCUUUAACUCAAAUCUAACUCCAUAAUUUUGUCUGCGGUUUAUGCUACUCUGCACCUUGCAAAUCAAAGCAAACCUUGCUAUCAAAAGCAACAAGUGUAAUUUGGUGCCAGUGGAGAGGAUUAACCAAAAACCAUGGAAACAUCACAGAGUUGGAUAUGAUCUUAAAGCCCGGAAAAUUAGAUGAUCGUGACCUUGUUGCAAUUGACCCCCUGUGUUUAAAAUAAUACUGUACUUGGGUUGGGAGUGGAAAAGGGUAUUUUAGAGAUGUGCAAUUAAAAAAUAUUGUUGCAUAGAAAUGUACAUUUUUGUAAAGAUAUUUUUAUGAAUGGCAUGUUUAAUCUGUGUUUUUCAUUUGAAUGUAUAUGGUUGCAACUGUUGUAUGGCUAUAGGGUCCAUUGCAUAGAACAUAAUACGAUGACGUGUCAUUGAAAAUAAAAGUGUUUUAUUUGUUUUCUCUUGUCGAUAAAAUGUUUCUGAUUUAUGUCAUGUAAUUUGAAUGACACACAUUUUAUUUUACUUUGAAAAUAAAUAUAAACUGAAAGACAACUGAAAUGAUAAUAUAUUGUCAAUAAUAAUGCAGUUAUUGAUAGCUAUUUACAAUACAUUAUCUUUGUGUUAAAUUUCAUCACACAUUUUAGAUGUUCUAAAUUCUCUUGGUAAUGUUAAGGCAAACCUAGAAAACUAUUAUUAAAUGGGCAGACCAUGAA